GCUCACUCGCUCGAUCUAUUCUCUCUCACACUCAGCCCUCUCGAUUCGUUCUCUCACUCAGCCUCUGCAAGAACUCAGAUCUCGUCUCUCUCCAUAACGUCGAGCUGCUCUCUUUCACACUCAGCCUCGGCAAGAACCAGGCGACCCCCCUGUCGACGCAAGAACUAGGCGACCCCCCCGUCGACGCAAGAACCAGGCCACCCUGGGGUAAACUAAGCAGACCUCCAAUUGUUUAUGAGGUGGAGGACAAUGUUUGGAAUUUCAGCUAUACCCUCUAUUCUACUGGCAGUUGGAAUGUGUUUCUCUCCAGAAAGUCCUCGAUGGCUUUUUCAGCAAGGGAAGAUUCCUCAAGCUGAAAAGGCUAUCAAAACAUUAAAUGGAAAGGAGAGAGUUGCUGAGGUUAUCCGAGAUUUAUCAACUGGAAGCCAAGGCUCGACUGAACCUGACGUAGGCUGGUUUGAUCUGUUUAGUACCCGUUAUUGGAAAGGUAGAAACAUAAGUUGAUUGAAUUCUUUUGUCAAAUAUUGUGAAGAGAUGAAUAUGUGCUUUAGAUAAUAAGAUGAUUUGUCAAGUUCAUAAUUCUUGAAGACCAAAACUAGAGUAAUUCCCAUUGAUUGACGGGGCACAUAUUGUACAAAUUUUCAAAGUUCCAUCAAAGUUGCCACCACAUUCUGUGUUUGUUGAACAUUGUUGCAUUGCAAUUAAUUUCGUGGUCACGACUGAAAAAUUUCAAGUUCUUCUGGUAGUAAAUAUUUUGAUACUUUAAGAAAAGUAAAAUCUCAAUAUAAUGUGAAACUGGGU